AUGGACGUCGUCACAAAUCUUGGACUCAACGAGUCGCAAAUCUCAGAACCUUGGUUCCAAGUCAUGGAUCCCAUCUCUAUCGCAGACGUAUGCGAGAAUGAUCUUGAGAGAUGGUCGAUCCUCAAGAACAAUGAGAAGUAUCUAACGAUCCAUCAGGCCGAGACACACAAUCCCAUGUCAGAUGCUGUUCCCUUCUCAUCAGAAAAGCGCGUCCGAGACUCAAUAUGUGUCUACAAGGAGCGUAUGAAGGAUGGCCAUCACCAUGCUCAUCGAAGAGUGCCUAAGGUGUUUUCAAAGCUCACCAGGUUCAAUACCACAAGUUUUGGAAACACUGCGCCCUCGACAGACCAACUUUCUAUCAAGUUGAAGGCGUACAGGCAGAAGUUGGAUAACGAUCGCAUCGAAAUGACAAGCGAACAACUCAUGAGUCUGGAGAAAGAGUUGAGCGCAACUGUCCAAACUGUCCAACAAAAGCUGAGGUCUCAUGGGAACACCACAAGCGAAAAGGGCACAAAUUCAUCCAGCAAAACCAGCCUCAGCUCUAGGGCAAGCGAUCUCUCUAAGAAAGCUGCAAAGAGAGUCUCGAAAGGCUUUUGCAUUCCCAUUCGUUGCAGUGCAUCAGAACAUAACGCUGCUCCUCGUCCCAAAGCCAUUUCACGACCGAGCUUCGCAUCCACAACAUCAAAACUAGCUGUCAAGUUUCGGAACCUUGUGGACAAACAGACUCAGCAUUCACCCAACCACUCCACCGAGUCAGUGGCCACAGAAACCCCACCAAACACUCCAAAUACUCCAAUAUCACAUGUCAUCUUCAAUCCAGACAUCUGGAAAUUGUCUCCAGGCAAGUCGACCGCAUCCAUCAAACCUGCACUCAAGACGGCAUCAAAUUCAUCAUCACCACCGCCCUCGCCACGCUCAAGAGCACACUCCUCUUUCGAGUACACCACAGACGAACCCUUCGAGCGCCGCGAAUGGAUUCCUAGCGAGAACAUCUCGCCUUGCACAAGCAUCGGCCCAGAUGACCCUUCAGACUGCCAAAAGACUGAAAGGGGGUAUGCAGAAUAUCACAGCGAGCACGCUGGCUGGGACGUCAGAAAACCCUCUACUGCGUCUUCGGAGUCUGAAUAUAACAGACCUUUGGGGUGGGAUCUCAGAAACACGUCGGCUGCAUACUCGGCCUCUCACUACAGCAGAUCUAUAUCUGACUAG